AUGCAAGAUAUCAUUGAUAACCAGUUUCUACUUUUGGAAUUCUCAUAUUUAGAUGAUGAAGACGAUGGUGAUACAGGAUUUACUACAGUCAGUCAUUCUACUUCAAGAGAUUCAUUUUUUGACAUUCAUGGAAGUGAUUUUACUACAAGUACAUCAAGUCAAAACAAUAUGGGAGACAAAUUUAAAAUUGCCAACAAUCUCCAUAGCAAGAGCCAGAAAUUAGCCGCCGUAAUUCAAAAAUGGUGUUUCAAGAAAUUCUACAAGAAAUCAAAAGUAAAACUGAAUGCAAGUAAGAAAAUUCUGAUCAUCUCAAAAAAGCUUGACAAUAGUAAUGACAAGUUUGUUUAUUUUGAUCAAUCAACAGAAUUAGAAAGAACUAGCAAUAUUGCAACUGAACAAUCCAAAAGAGAUAAUGGAAACGUCAUGACUUGA